CGGUAGCGGCGGGAGCUGCGCUGGCCAGGGGUUCCGGCUGUAUUUCUAUGAGCGCAGCCGGCAGCCGCGGAGCUGCGGGAACCGGACUCCGGACGAGCUGGACCGCAGGAGUCAACCAGCGCAGCUUUUAGGUUAAUUUGAACACAAGAUUAGAUCCGAGUGGCCCAACUGUUCACCUCUUCAAGGAAGAUCCAUAUUCUCUGUGAGAAGAGUAGCCGGCCUCGAUCAAGAUGAAUGCUAUGCUGGAGACUCCCGAGCUCCCCGCGGUGUUUGAUGGGGUGAAGCUGGCUGCUGUAGCUGCCGUCCUCUACGUCAUCGUGCGCUGUUUGAACCUGAAGAGCCCCACUGCCCCUCCUGACCUCUACUUCCAGGACUCCGGGCUCUCGCGCUUCCUGCUCAAAUCCUGUCCUCUUCUGACCAAAGAAUACAUCCCACCACUGAUCUGGGGGAAAAGUGGACAUAUCCAGACAGCCUUGUAUGGGAAGAUGGGCAGGGUGAGGUCACCACACCCUUACGGGCACCGCAAGUUCAUCACCAUGUUGGACGGAGCCACGUCUACAUUCGACCUCUUCGAGCCCCUGGCUGAGCACUGUGUUGGAGAUGACGUCACCAUGGUCAUCUGUCCUGGAAUUGCCAAUCACAGCGAGAAGCAGUACAUCCGAACCUUCGUUGACUAUGCCCAGAAAAAUGGCUACCGGUGCGCAGUGCUAAACCACUUGGGAGCCCUGCCCAACAUUGAGCUGACCUCCCCACGCAUGUUCACCUAUGGCUGCACAUGGGAGUUCGGAGCCAUGGUGAAUUACAUCAAGAAGACAUAUCCCCAGACCCAGCUGGUCGUUGUGGGCUUCAGCCUGGGUGGUAACAUCGUGUGCAAAUACUUGGGGGAGACGCAGGCAAACCAGGAAAAGGUCCUGUGCUGUGUCAGUGUGUGCCAGGGAUACAGCGCGCUGAGGGCCCAGGAGACCUUCAUGCAGUGGGACCAGUGCCGCCGAUUCUACAAUUUCCUCAUGGCUGACAACAUGAAGAAGAUCAUCCUGUCUCACAGGCAAGCUCUUUUUGGAGACCACGUUAAGAAACCCCAGAGCCUGGAGGACACAGACUUGAGCCGGCUGUACACAGCAACAUCCCUAAUGCAAAUUGAUGACAAUGUGAUGAGAAAGUUCCAUGGCUACAACUCCCUGAAGGAAUAUUAUGAAGAAGAAAGCUGCAUGAGGUACCUGCACAGGAUAUACGUGCCUCUCAUGCUGGUUAACGCAGCGGAUGACCCUCUGGUGCACGAAAGCCUUCUAACCAUUCCAAAGUCUCUCUCAGAGAAACGAGAAAACGUCAUGUUUGUGCUGCCUCUGCACGGGGGCCACCUGGGCUUCUUCGAGGGCUCCGUGCUGUUCCCUGAGCCGCUGACGUGGAUGGAUAAGCUGGUGGUGGAGUAUGCCAAUGCCAUUUGCCACUGGGAAAGAAAUAAGUCCCAGUGCUCAGACACGGAGCAGAUGGAGGCCGAGUUAGAAUGAUCCCUCGGGACUCUGCGUGCUCCAGCGGCCUUCCUCUGGAACCCACGUCCCUUUGACGGCUGUUUCAGGUCUCCCAUCUCCCUCAUUGACCUGGAUCUGACCUCAUACCAUCAGCGGGGGCCACCCGUCAUGCAACCUGUCUCAAGUAGGCGGCUCUCCCUGGGAGCUCCAGGCUAUUUUUGUGCUUAGUUACGGGUUUUCUCCAUUGCGUUCUUAGCCACGGUGGCAAGCUACAAGAUUCUCACCCAUCCGUCUGGUCUCAGUAUCUGAUUGCUUUCACGCCUGUUACAGCUAGUUUUCCCACUGAGGAACGCGUCUGAACUGCAGUUUCACUUUGCCAAUCAAAAGGCCUUUCCCUGAGAACAGUGAAGGAUGUAUGUCACUCUGUGAUGGUUCUAUGUGCCCUCGUAGAGGUCCCCCCUCCCCCAAGAAGUCAGCAUCUUUAACCGAUGCUGAAGAGAUGACUCAAUUUGGGAGUCUGAGAGCCUGGGGCUUCCUGGGCCUGGGUUUUGCCUCUGGGACCAAUGAAAUUUCCUGAAUCAAAAGCCAGGUUUUCCUCCUCACCAUCUCCUAAGACACCUCUGUCUUGUCUUGCUGCUGCUGAGAGUUGCAUGGGGCACUUGUCUAAAAAUUCAGCCUCCCAGAUCCCUCCCCUCAGAGAGGCUGACUCCAGUGGGUUUGGGAAGGGCUCUGGGGAUUUUAAUUUUUGACAAGUGCCCCAGGGAAUUCUCAACGUCCAGCAAACUGAGGGAGAAACACCAUACUACAGAGCCUUUAAGUUGGAAACCAUCUUAGUGGCUCAUGUAAUUGCCUUUUGUAGGCCACAGUGUCUCUUUACUCACAGAGACCUCCAAAGCAGCAAGGCCUGAUGUAUGGCUGCCCUUGUGUGAUCUCACUGUAGUGUCCCUAAAAGGGAGAAGACAUUUGACCUGAGCCCUGGCUCUGUUUCUCCCCGGCUGUAUGACCCUGGAUAAGUCCCUUUGGACUUGACUCUCUUCCCCCUAUGAAAUUGGGAACUCAGACCAGGUAGAUUGCCGAGAUGACCACCAGUUGUACAGUUCAGUGACAAACUCAGUAUACUGAGGUUUGCGAGAACAUCCCUCCAGGGGAGCCUGGACUCCCAGGCUCAGCAUGUAAAUGCCAUUCAUUGUAAUUUUUCCCCUCUGUCCCCAUGUCAUAGAAAGAGAUUUUAGAGUCUUAAUCACUCCCUCGUGAUUUCAGUUGUCCCUCCCAGGUCCAGCUAACAUCUUGUUUACACCAAACAAUUCAAAGUUGGAUCUGAGUUUGAAGAGAUGUAUUUCCAGCUGAGAGAAGGGGGUGUUCUUGUGAAGUCAGUUUGUAAUGAAAUAGCCUCUUCUUGUCGUCUAUUGGGUA